UCCCUUUUCAUGUUUUCCUUUUUUGGGUAUUUUUUAGAGUUUCUCAUAUAUGUUUGUGGCUGUACGCUCUUCCAAUUGAUAAUGCUGGGUUUUAUGCCUUUUAACGUUCUCUUGGACAAUGCCUAUGAUAUUAUUUAACUUUUUUCCGUUUGCCUUUUUGGGUUUUGUGAACUUUAUCAUUAGUGGUAUACUUACUGUAUGGUUGGGAAUGUUUGUUGGGCAGUGUUUGAAAUCUUCUGGGUUCUCUCUUUCACAGCCGUAUAGUCAUUUUUGGAUUCUUCAUCAUGUAUUUAUUUUGGUGGUGGUUUGGGUUCUUUGCUUCUGGCUUCCCGCAUCAAUUAUCAAUCUUAUACUCCUAUGGUUAUUUGCAAAUGAAAAGUGGGGCUUUGGUACAUCUUAAUAAAAGCCUUGAUGGAAAUAACUGUGCAUGGGUACUAAUAUCAAUUGCGCUAUAAAAGUUGUAUGCUUUUUUAAGUAUGUGUUGUAUACGCGGGAAGAAACACAUACGGCAUUUAUGCACGGAUAGCAGAUAAUGUUGUGCUUCCGGCCUGUCCGAAAAUCACACAAAACAAUUUUAAAGUGGUUCAGCAAAUUGCUUACGUCCACUGGAGCCUCUUUUAUAGAAUUUAUACGAGAUUUACAAAACACUCAAAAAAAUUCUAUUUCUCUCUCACGUUCCUCUUUAUCUCUUCACCCACUGCAUUUUAUCACUAGCAGAGCUCUCCUUUUAUAGGAGAGCAAUGGGGGGACACACACCCAUUCCUCUUGACCAGAAGCACCUCUGGAGGUGAGUGGGUGGGUGGAUGGUUGGUGAGAAUGGGGUGGGUGGCUGCAAACCCAAACCCAUUUCACACUUGGGGGGUUUAUUCAACAGAUAAAUGGUAAAAGGUAAGAUUAGGUUUUAUAGAAAAAGGGAAGGACUCAAGCAGGGAAUUUCUUAUACGGAGUACUAAUGGCAGCAACAAAAAUAUCACCAUUAGGUAACCGUUUGCUUCUUGAGGCUAGUUUUAAAAGUACUGAUCAUUCAAUUUAAGUGAAUAGCGUAAUUUUGUUAUGAGUCCAUUUGGAGAUUUAAGAUCCUGGCAAUGUUAUAAGUUCCUUCCCACGGUAAUUCUUACAAGAGCACACAUUCAUGGAGCACGCAUUCAAAAUAGACACAUUCAAAAUUUUGAAUCGUAAAUUCUAAGCUGCAUAUUGGUUGGCUCAAGUGGUAAAGGCCUUGGAUUUGGUGGUAUGCUCUCCCUAGGUCUAAGGUUCAAAUCUCCUUGGGUGCAAACAAUCUUUAGGGGCCAUUGGACUGGGGGAUUUUCCCUUUGAAUUAACCGAAGUGCACUUGCGAGAAACUCCUUGCCGAGGGCCUUGCACCCUUGGGAUUAGUCGAGACGCUGUUCCGAACACUUGGUGCCAAUAAAAAAAAAUUCUAAGCUGCAUAUUGAAUGAGAGAUUGAUUUGUUUAUGUUGAAGUUUCUAUUCAGUAGCUAUCUAAGUGAUGUUUUUAAUCAGGGUGUUGGAACUAUCUUACAUAGUUCACUCCCCACAAAGAGAAAAUACAUGAGUUUUGGCAUCUAAUAGAUGUAUCUAAGUUCUGAUGUGAAUGAGUUUUUUUCAUCAGCAUUGGCACAUUUUAAGGUCAUACUUAAUUGUUUCAGCUACAUUAUUGGUGGGAAGUCAGUGAAAUAUUUCUAUGGGAGGAUAUCUUUGAAGAAGUACCUGCUAAUCAGAGAUUUUGGUUGUGCACUUGAUCCCGUAAAAUGUAGCCUGCUAAGCUUGGGAGAGAAAAGAGAGCUGGUCCAUGAGAUUGCCCGAUGGUCAAAAGAUGCCCCUGAGUUUCUUCGUUCUUUUACUCGUUCAGAGCUUCUUGAAAUCAUCUGUGCUGAAAUGGGGAAAGAGAGAAAGUACACAGGAUAUACAAAAUCUCAAAUGAUAGAACACCUUCUAAAGUUAGUGCUUCGGGAUUCCGAGGGGCACAAUUCUUUUGCCUUUUCUCCAUCUCAUAUUAAAUUUAAAAGGAAAAGGAACAUAGGUCCACCUCAACUAUUGACUGACCUAAAUCAUUCCCCUCUGGAAAACAAUGAAGAACAUAUUAAAACUUUGCGGUGUCGGAAUAUUGCAUGCAGAGCUACUUUAACUUCGGAGGAUGCUUUUUGCAAAAGAUGUUCUUGCUGUAUCUGUCAUUGUUAUGAUGAUAACAAGGAUCCCAGUCUCUGGUUGACCUGCGAUAAUGAUUUGUGUGGAUUGUCUUGCCAUCUGGAAUGUGCUUUGAAGCAUGAAAGAGCUGGUAUUUUGAAGCAUGGGUGUUGUGAAAAGUUGGAUGGAAGCUUCUAUUGCAUUUCCUGUGGAAAAAUCAAUGGGAUAAUGAGAACCUGGAGAAAACAAUUAAUUGUUGCCAAGGAGGCUAGAAGAGUGGAUGUACUGUGUCUACGAUUAUCUCUGGCACAUAAGAUUCUCAUGGGAACAGCAUUAUACAAAGAAGUGCAGAGGACAGUGGAAUCUGCAGUGAAAAUACUGAAUGAUGAAGUGGGGCCUCUAGAUCAGGUAUGCACUAGUAUGGUACGCUGCAUUGUGAACAGACUCUCCUGCGGUGCUGAGGUCCAGAAGUUAUGUGCUUCUGCAGUGCUAUCUUUUGAUUCGCUGGUUUGCCCCAAUUAUAUGGAAAAGAAAGAUCCAUUUGCAGCUUGUCAUAUCCGGUUUGAAGAGUCCACCCCUACAUCAGUGAUUGUUGUGCUAGAAUAUGAAGACCAUCUGUUAAAAAACAACCCAGGCUGCAGACUCUGGCAUCGGGAGUCUGUCAUUAAGGACUAUCCAGAGCAACCCACUUUCAUUGUAUUCAGGCCAGAGAAGAGAUUCAAGAUAUGUCACCUCCAUCCUUCAACAGAGUAUCUCUGCAAAGUUUCUCUGUUUAGCAGCAUUGGGGUCUUGGGUGUUUCAGAAGCCAAAUGGGAGACUCCUGCUCCAGGUGGGAGCUCUUUUACAGCUUUAGAACAUGAAAAAGCAGAACAUAGAAUUAUAGCUCAAAAUCAUCCUCAGGCUGAGUCAACCAAGUCUAGUAACUUUAAAUCAGCAUCCCCUGCGAAGCUUCAACCGUUGGUUGAGAUUAACAAGAGCAAGAGUGAAGGGUUUUACUAUCCACCUCCUUUCAUUGAAACCGUAUCUCCUUCAACGCCUUGUAAAUGCAGUGGAAUGCGAGCAGUUCCAGAUAUGGGUAGUAAAAUGCGACCACUGGUUAGUGAUUAUGAACAUUCUGUGCAAGUGGUCAGAGGUUUAGAGCAUGAAGGGCACAUAGAUGAAGAUUUUAGAGUAAAAUUUCUCACUUGGUUCAGCCUCAAAGCUACGGAGCAAGAGAGAAGGGUGGUUAAUGUAUUUGUGGAUGCUUUGCUUGAUGACCCUCCUAGCUUAGCUGGACAGCUUAUGGAUACCUUCAUGGACAAGAUAUGCUGCGAACAAAAACCUGUUUCUAGGCAUGGUUUUUGCUUUAGUUUGUGGCAUUAAUGCUGAAUUAGGGAUCUUGACCACAUGAAAUUUUAGGAGGAACCGAGACAGGGUAAGGCUUUUGCAGACAAAACAGGAAAAUAUAUUUGGAUUCAUUUUCAAGCCAGAAAAACGUGAAGCUCCUUGAUUUUUACCUU